AUGGCUACUAAACUACCCUCCGAACCACCCACCGCAGCUAACGAUGCUUCGAUUGUGCCCUCUGCUGCGGAUAUUGUAGAUCUCUGCUACACCAACCCUGAUCACCCUUCCAAACGACUACAGUCCGGGCAAGCUUCAGCUGGCGCGUCUACGCCAUCCCUACAGGCGGACUUUGGCACGGAGGCAUCGAACACGGACUCCAGUCCACGCCCUAUAGGAGCACAGAAUCUUCGAGAAGUCGGGAAAGAGCAAGAGCAAGAGCAAGAGCCGAAGCAGGGUAUGGGUGGAAUGGAAUGGCCUGCUGUAGAGACUGUACGUGACAAUGAACAAUGGGAAAUGAGUGGACGAUGCAAAGAGACUCAAUGA